AUGUUGACUCGUUUUGUGCCGGCCGAUUAUCCCAAAGAAUCGUGUCCGGCGGAUCGAGACCUUCCAAAUGCGACCCCCAGGACAGUCGGCGCCUUGCGCCUCUCGGGUCAAUUCAAAAGCACUGAACACACAGCCAUCUCAGCGUACGACGAUGCCUAUCUGUCCAUCUGUCCCUGGAGGUCACGAAAUAUCAUCACCGAUUCAUCGGAUGCGUAA